UAUAUAUAACGCCAUGGCCGGCGGAUUGGUAUGCAAACCGAUCGAAACCUCAUCGUCAUCGACUUCGGACUUGUGAGAUCGACUUGGCAAUGGCGGGAGGCGGCGAGCUGAAGCUGCUGGGCGUGUGGACGAGCCCGUACGUGAUCAGGGUGCGCGUCGUCCUCAACCUCAAGUCGCUGCCGUACGAGUACGUGGAGGAGAACCUGGGCGACAAGAGCGCGCUCCUCCUCGGCUCCAACCCGGUGCACAAGAGCGUCCCCGUCCUCCUCCACGGCGGCCGGCCGGUGAACGAGUCGCAGGUGAUCGUGCAGUACAUCGACGAGGUCUGGCCCGGCGUCGACGGACGCCCGUCCGUGCUGCCGUCCGACCCCUACGAGCGCGCCGUGGCGCGGUUCUGGGCGGCCUAUGUCGACGACAAGGUCGGCCCGGCGUGGCUGGGGAUCGUGUUCCGGAGCAAGACGGAGGAGGAGAGGGCGGCGGCGGUGGCUCAGGCCGUCGCGGCGCUGGAGACGCUGGAGGAGGCCUUCAAGGAGUGCUCCAAGGGGAAGCCGUUCUUUGGCGGCGACGGCAUCGGGUUCGUCGACGUCGUGCUCGGCGGCUACCUCGGGUGGUUCACGGGGAUCGACAAGCUGAUCGGGCGCAGGCUGAUCGAUCCGGCGAGGACGCCGGCGCUGGCCGCGUGGGAGGAGCGUUUCCGCGCCGCCGAGGCGGCCAAGGGCGUCGUGCCGGAUGACGCCGACAAGGUUCUCGAGUUCAGGCAGACCCUGCUCGCCUGGAGCGCCUCCAAAGCAAAGUGGCUUGAUUCGGCGCUGGGAAUGGCGGGAGACGACGAGCUGAAGCUGCUGGGCAUGUGGACCAGCGCGUUCGUGCUCAGGGUGCGCUUCGUGCUCAACCUCAAGUCGCUGCCGUACGAGUUCGUGGAGGAGGACCUGGGCGACAAGAGCGCGCUCCUCCUCGCCUCCAACCCGGUGCACAAGACCGUGCCGGUCCUCCUCCACGCCGGCCGCCCGGUGAACGAGUCGCAGGUCAUCCUGCAGUACCUCGACGAGGUCUGGCCCAACCUCCCGCCCGUGCUGCCGUCCGACCCCUACGAGCGCGCCGUGGCGCGCUUCUGGGCCGCCUACGUCGACGACAAGGUCCGGCUGGCGUGGCUGGGGAUCCUGUUCCGGAGCAAGACGGAGGAGGAGAGGGCGGAGGCGGUGGCGCAGGCCGACGCGGCGCUGGAGACGCUGGAGGGAGCCCUCAGGGAGUGCUCCGGGGGGAAGCCCUUCUUCGGCGGCGACAGCAUCGGGUUCGUCGACGUCGUGCUCGGCGGCUACCUCGGGUGGUUCACGGCGAUCAGAAAGCUGAUCGGGCGCCGGCUGAUCGACCCGGCGAGAACGCCGGCGCUGGCCGCGUGGGAGGAUCGCUUCCGCGCCACCGAGGCGGCCAAGGGCGUCUUGCCGGAUGACGCCGACAAGAUGCUCGAGUUCAGGCAGACGGCGAUCGCCCUGGGCGCCUCCAAAACAAUCACUCUGUGAGCAUAUGCUCGGUGAAAGUGCAAUCGCUAGCAUAUCGUUUUGUUUCCGCAUGGAAUGCUCAAUAAUUCUGUAGUACAUCCAUCCAUGAUCCAUGAAUGGAGGUGCAGUGAACAGAGAGGUCGGGUUUCUAUCUAUUAUUAAAAAAGUCCACCCAUCCAUCUUUAUAUAUCUCCUGCGAGUAUUUUUUUUUAUCCUUGAGAAGAUACCAUUAGAUAUAUCAGUAUUUCUUGUGUAAAAUUUAGUAUAUUUUACUCCUGCGCAAGGAUGUUAACAGAAUCACUUUCUGGGUAGAAGCACAGGAAACAAUCCUU